AUGAUGGAAACCGCCGCCGCUAUCCCUUCCGAAUCGCGCAAUGCUACCAGCUGUACGGGUUACUCGUGGAAGAAGUACGGUCACAAGGUUCUCGCGUCCGUCAACGUCAAACGAUUCUACUACGCCUGUGCGCAGAAGGACACGCACGGGUGCCCCGCGAAGAAAAUCGUCGAUAAGCCGCGCAAGCGACCCCGCGCCGGCAGCUUGAACGGGCGCGCCGCAUCCAGUGGCGGCGGCAGCGACGGCGGCGGCGGCGGCGACGGCGGCUGCGCCGGCGGAGGUGCGCUGUCUCCGGAAGCCAGCACAACCAGCGACAACAGAAAACCCGUUUCUCCCAAUGCGGCGGGGAGGUUGAACCUCCUCGCAUCCGUCUCCCGGAACGACAAACUCUCAGGAUCUUCGCCCCAGGAUUUCUGGGCACGCAGUUCUUUUCCCGGGCCCGCCGGCGCGGUGGCGUGCGCGGGCCAUGAUCAAGGGUCCGCGGGCGAGGCCAUGGCGGCGGCGGCGGGUUCGGAUUCCGCCGCCGGCGGGGAAUUGUCGACGGAGACGGCAAUGAAGGAGAAGACCUGGUUCGAGAAUGCGCACAACCAUCCUCCGCCGCUGCUCUCCUCCCGCCUCUCCCGCAACCGCUUCCUUGCUGCCGCUUCUGCUACCGCCGCCGCCGCCGCGGCCGCGGUGCCGCCGCCGUCGCCGCCGCCGCAAGGCGGCGUGAUGAUGGCGCCUGCAGCUUCCGCCGCCGGCGGCGGCGUGUGGCGGCAGCAGGAGCAACAACAGCAGAUCAUGCUGCACCAACAGCAACAGCAGCAGCAGCAAUUUCUAGUGCAGCAGCAGACGCCAAAGCUAAGAACGGGGCGGAACGGAGGGCAGGCGGAGCCGCAUUUAGCAACGUUUCCCGCUCCAGGGAACAACACCCAGGCACUUUCUGUGCGCUCCCCUCCCCCGCACCAGCAGGCUCAGCUGCAAUCUCAGCAGCAGCAGUUGAUGAUGGCACCAGCAAUGCGACCUGCUAUGUACGCUGUCCCUUCCGCUCACGCUAAUCUCGCACCCACCGCCGAGCGCAGCACUGUCGGCGGCAACAGUGAGAGCAACGGCACAACGGGACUUUGCUUAUCAAGCAAUGUGUGCGAUGGAAGCACCUGGGAGCAACCAUCCCACCCAGGGAAGCGGCUCAAGAGGGAUCCUGGUAGCAGUGCUUCUUUAAUCACAGCUCUGGGCUCUCGUCUUCCCAUGCCCUCUAACGUCCCCACUCAUUCCAACAGCAACGCUCCUGCUCCUGCUCUUGCUCCCGCUCUUGCCCUUGCCACCGCUAUUGCUGCUGCUGCUGCUGCUGCUGCUGCUCCUGCUCCAGCUGCAAGAGACAAGGCGACCACGCCAGCCGAAGCGCAGCCCAUGGAGAGGAAUUUCAUCGACGCACUCUCGCUCUCGCCCUCCUCUCUCUCCUUGGCUUGCUCUCUUGCCCCACCUCAUGGCCCCAAGGGAGAGAGCCACACGGGAGAGGGCGCCAAGGCAGGGGGUUUCGUGGGGAAGGUUCGUAUGGGAAAGAACGUCAAAGGGGAGAGCCUUAUGGGGGAGGUUGUAUUAGGGGAAGGCUGCUCUCCCUCUGCCCGAGGGCCGUCGUUGGACCUGCCCGGGUUUUAUGAGCCUUCUUUUCCAGAGCUCUCACUUAGCCUUGGCAGGUUGUAG